CAAGGACGAUCCAGCUCAGGGUCUUUUAAGACGCAUCACCAACAACGCCCACCCAACAGUACUAACUCAUGCAAGCUAUUGAUUUCAUGCGACUAUCUCAUGGCAAAAGGACACUUCCAUAAGCAUAAGUCCUCUUAAUGAACUAUCCUCAAUCUGCUCACCUGAGCUGCUGAAGAAAAACGAGAAGAAACAUUGGGUCUAAAUCCUUGGCGAUCCUUGGCCACUGCGAUUAGAAAUCUCUCAAUUUUUCUAGGGCACUUUUUGCCUCCUCUCACUUGCAGCGUACUGGGUGUGACGGCUGUCAGCAUCACCCCACGGGGAAGUUCAUCUGAGCGCCCAGACACACCUGCGGGGAUCCCAGCCGAGGCAGCCAUCAAUCACCACCACCACCACCACCUCCCAUGGAUUACAACAGAGAGCCUAAGGCAGACGCCGAAGCACGAUCCCCUACACGGGCUUCGUUGGGCGUAGACGGCGAUGAUAGAUCGGACUUAUCUCUGUCAGACGAAAAAGGGGCACGCCACUUGAUCUGGAAGAUAGACAUCCACAUCAUUCCCUUCGUUGUGCUUCUGUACUUGUUCAGCUUUUUGGAUCGAGUCAACAUUGGCAAUGCCCGCUUGUAUGGCAUGGAAGAAGAUCUAGGCCUGGUGGGCAAUCAGUAUCAGGUCGCAGUAUCCAUUCUGUUUGUUACCUACUGCCUGUUCGAAGUCCCAUCCAACUUGGUGAUCAAGAAGCUCAGGCCCUCGCGGUACAUUGCCUCAAUCUCAAUCAUCUGGGGCAUUCUAGCUACCUUGACGGGGAUCACGCAGAGUUAUGGCGGCUUGAUUGCCUGCCGUGUACUUCUAGGUGUUGUCGAGGCUGGGCUCUUUCCGGGAUUGAUGACUUAUCUCACGCUGUUCUACAGCAAGCGGGAGAUCGCACUCCGGACUGGUUAUCUAUUCAGCAGCGCCGCAGCCGCUGGUGCCUUUGGGGGUCUUCUUGCGUACGGCAUUGGCUUCAUGGAUGGCGUCGCGGGCCUGCGGGGCUGGCGAUGGAUCAUGAUCAUCGAAGGGAUUCCCACCGUCAUUCUGGGGGUUUUGACCUGGUUCUUCCUCGCCGACGAGCCUGAUACGGCGUACUAUCUCAAUGACGAGGAGAAAGCCAUGGUUGUCCGUCUGCGCCGUCGCCAUGUCGGCCAGACUCCGUCCGCGCAGAAGUUUCACUGGGCGGAUGUGAAGGAGGGCGCGUUGGACUGGAGGAUCUACGCAUUUUGCAUUGCCCAAUUUGGAGUCGACACGAUGCUCUACGGCUACAGCACUUUUCUGCCCACGAUCAUCAAGGGAAUGGGCAAGUGGUCCACUGCUGAAGUUCAGGCACUGACCAUUCCGUGCUAUGCGCUUGGCGCCAUUGUAUACCUUCUGGUCGCUUGGAUCAGCGAUCGGACCCAGCGCCGUGGGAUCUUCGUCUGCAUCUUCGCUGUGAUCUCUGUUGUCGGGUACGGGGUCUUGAUCUCCGACUCAUCAUCCGGGGUACAUUACUUCGGCGCACUGCUUAUCGCCCUGGGGCUAUAUGUGACCGUGGGGCUGCCGCUUGCAUGGCUACCGACCACGCUGCCGCGAUAUGGGAAGCGGACGUUUGCGACGGGUCUGCAGCUGACGUUUGGCAACAUCAGUGGCGUCAUGUCCCCUUUCCUGUACAAAACCGAGGAGGCACCGCGCUAUGUUCGCGGCAAUGCGGUCACGCUCGCUCUGGUUGGCUUUGCCGGGGUGGUCUAUGGGCUCAUAUGGUGGUACUACCACUGCAAGAAUCAGCGAAGACAACAGGGCUUGGAAGACGACAAGGUUGCAGGCAUGACCGAUGAAGCCAUUGAAGAGCUGGGAGACAAGAGUCCUCGGUUUGUUUAUAGCACUUGACCGAUAUCAUGUAAUCUAACUUAUCUAUCGAGGGCACAUACCAUCCGAAGUUAGACCCACUUGUAAAGAAACAUAAUGAGCAUCAAAUGAAGAACUGGUCCCUGCGGUGAUAGAACGGACUUCUUGGCGGGUCCGCUCGUCGAUCUUUCGAGAAAUCCAGCCCGG